AUGGAUAUUCCGUUAGGUAGACGUAAUGCUAUACCUAUUUUGUAUACUAGAGGAACCCAUUAUGAUGUUGGAUUCGACGUGGGUAGGACGUUCAAGGGGAUAAUACAAGACUAUGUUCAACAUAAUAGUCAGCUGAAUAACGAAUACAUUCCGUUACACGAGACAGAAAAAGGCAAGAAAGUGUACGAAGAUAUAUUAAAAUGUUGUAAUCUAAAUUAUCCGCAGUAUGUGAGAGAAAUCCAAGGCACUGCUGAUGGAUCCGAUGUUCCUUUUUAUAAAUUAUUAUUGCUGCAUAUCGGACACAUUAUUCCAGUCGUUCUAGGAAUUGAUUGCGGCAACGAAAACACCUGUGGAUGUUCGUCAGUGUGCUGCAAUGAACCAGCACAAGCGAUACUCGGCCAUACAGAAGAUGCUUACGCGGAUUCUCUGAGCCAUUUCUAUUUCGUCUCAGCUCAUAUAAUUUGCGACGAACCUCAAGGCAAAUGGAAAGUAUCAGAAGAACGUUUCGUAUCUCUUUGCUAUGCUGGCCAUUUGCCUGGUUUUACCAUGAGUUACAAUUACGACGGACUUGUAUAUUCCAUAAAUGUAAUCUACGCUAAAGAACUAUUCGCUCCUAAAACACCUGAGUUUUUCCUAUGCCGAGCUUUACUGACGGCGAAAAAUGUCACUGAUGUGGAAAACAUAUUGAAAGAUAAAGGAUGUGGUUCUGCUGAAGGAUUCAGCGUAAACGUUACUUUUCUGGAUGAACCCGGCGAACGAUUGUUUUAUAAUUUUGAAGUUGGAGCGUCUACUUUGUCUACAGACGAAUCGAUUUUGAAUAAAUUAGUAGUCAAGCCUGGCGAUUACUCUUUCCACUGCAAUAAGUACUUAAGAUUAAAAGUUCCUGAAGUUGGUGGACUUAUUGUAGAAAGUAGUGAUUCGAGGCAGCGUGUUUUUGAUAAGUAUAAAGCUCCUAAAACGAAAAAGGAGGUGAUUCAUUUGCUAAGUCAUCAAGAAGAAGACAAUUUUACCAUUUUUCGCGAUUAUAAUUACAACGAUCCGAAAGCGAGAGAACCCAUAGCUACAAUUGCGAUAGGUAUUUUCGAUUUGAUUAAAAGGACGUGGAGCGUAUAUGCUGAUAAACCGGAAGAAAAUGAGCCUAUGUUUAUUUUACCUUUGACAACAAAACGAGAUAAAUAA